AUGCUUUCGAUGCAGGUUUGGUUCGAUUUUCCAAUUUUUCCACGUUUUUUGUGCUUACAAAAUUAGUUUUUUGUGGUAAUUAUUGAAAAAGUGUUGGUAAAGUGUUAUUUGAAUACUAGGAAUCGAAAAAAAUAUCAUAAAGUCAUCUUUAGGACAUUUUUUUCCUUGCAAAAGCUGUUACUGAAGAAAAAUUUGGAUUUCGUGAAUUUUCAAAAACCUUAAAAAGAACCUUUUUGAUAAUUUUUUCCCAAAAUAUGUAGCUAAACUUCCACUUCUCCAACUUACCCUGUAAAAAAACAACAUUCAAAAAUUUAAAACUACAGGUAACAUCUUCUAAAAAAACGCAUUAAAAAGUUGAAUUGUUUACAAAUUAUCAAUUUGAAGAAAAAAAAAGUCGAGAAACUUCCAUUGUUGUCGUGGUUUUUGAACUUGUAUACAGCAUUGUGACUCGCGCUUUUCUACGUUAGUUAAUUAAUUGUUUGAAGUCGAGAUAAAGGGAAAAUGUUCAUUAAUAUCUCAAGGUAGCGAAUAGAGUAAAGUCCAGCUCAGCCUUAUUGAACUUGAAAAAAAAAAUCAAAAUUCAACGCACUAUGAUUUGAAUAGGAUAAAAUACAAGAAAAUCGAAUAAUCAACUAGAAUUAACACAAAACCUUUUCAGAAAAUCGCGAAAAAGAGACUGGACCUUCAAGGACUGCGUGGCUUGGCCAUCAUUUCCGUCGUUUUAUUCCAUUUUUUCCCGAAGAAGUUUCCGAAUGGAUACGUCGGCGUUGAUCUGUAAGUGAUAAUUGAUUAAUUCAGAAAAUUUAGGAGAUGUUAUUCACGGCGUCGCGCUCAAAAAAAAAAGUCGUCAAAUAUGAUGUUUCUUGUGCAUGUACCGCCGACGAAAAUUUACACAUCGCUGACUUUUAUAUAAUCUUUAAAUGGACAAAAAUACUUUUUUUUGAACUUGAAAAAGUGAAACAGCAAAUAUCUGUUUAUCGGGAUAAGAAUGAUAAAAAAAAUUCAGGUUAAAACAUACCUCGUUGCAGAAUGACGUACCCAUACACCAGGAAAAAAAAAACUAAUACUUGAAAUUUUUAAAGAAUUCAAAAUCUUUCGCGAGUUCAAAUGAACAAAAUCCAACAAAAAAUUUGAUUUUUCAUCACCAGAUUAUUAGUUUUCUUGAAAUAUAAAAAAAAAUUUCACCAAAAACAUCAUUGCAUAUCAAAAUUCUUUCAAAAAAAACCUCUAUAAUUUUAAUAUCUUCAUAUUUCUGAAGAUGAAUUUAUUUUUUCCAGCUUCUUCGUCCUUUCCGGCUUCUUCAUGGCAAUGCUUCUCACAAGAAUUUUGCCGAAAAAUGUCAAUUUCGCUACUUCGAAAUCCGUUCUCUAUUCAUUCUACUCAAAAAGGAUUCGUCGAUUAGUGCCUUCCUACUUGUUUUCUACUUGUCUGAUGCUUCUAUUGGUCUAUUCCGUUUUUCCUGAGUCGGCUACUGAUGUCAAUGUUCAAUCGGCGCCAUUCGCUCUAUUUUUUGUGUCGAACCGAGAGAAAUCCGAUACGCAGGGAUAUGCGGAAAUGGUGAGAGAUUUGAUGAAAAAAAAGCCUUCCUAAAUGAUGCAAGUGAGCUCUAUGGAUAAAAAACUAGAAAAAAAAUGUUUAAUGGAUGUUUUUUGUGAAAUAUUUUUAAUAGAGAGAAGAAGAAACAAAUUUAACGGUAUAUUCGCCUUGGAGCGCGCUUUCCUGCUCGAAAAGAGCCUGAGAACUAAUCGCAUGAAAAUAGGAUAUUUUUUUCAAUUUUUUUAAAUUACUGUUAUUACAAUUUUGUAAAGUAGAGCAAAUUGAAAAUGUUUUGCUCAAUUUUCGUCCUCAGAGCGCAUUUUCUCCAUAAAAAAUAGCCUUUCAAAAAAAUCAGAAAAUCAACGAAAUUGGAAAAAAAAACUUUUUUCGAGUUCUCCCCGUUGAAAAGAAGGAAAUCGGCGUUUGGCAUUUUUUUUAUCCAUAGAGCGACUUUUCUGAAAUUUCGUAGCUUUUUUUCACUUUUUCCAUUAAAAAGAUUUCCAGCUAUCCCUCGCCGUCGACGUCUUCACUCACACUUGGUCGCUAUCCGUGGAAAUGCAAUUUUACCUAAUAAUUCCAAUAAUUUUCCUUAUUUCUUCAUUUUUCAAGGACAAGCAGUUUACCGUCAUUUUCAUCAUUGGUGAGCGUCUUUUUGAAAUUUUUUUUGAUAGAAAAUAAUUUUUUUAGGCUUUUUCUCAGCAAUAAUUCAACUAUCAACGCCGAAAUCGUACUCAUUUUACAGUGUUUUCACGAGAAUUUGGCAGUUUUUAGUUGGUAAAUCAUUGGAAUUAGUAUUUUUUUAAGAAAUGAAUCUAUUUUUUUCAGGGAUGAUAGCUUUUGAAAUAUCCAGGGACAGGAAGAAUAGUGACGAGAAUGGAACAGAAAAAUGAAGAGAGAAGUUUAGGAUUUUGUAGAUUUUUUUAAAAAGAAAAGUUUCAGAAAAAAAUGUAAGAAUUAUCACACGUUGAUCAAUAUUUUCUUCCUUAUUUUGGGCUCUUUCUCACCAUUGGACAUUAAUCAACACUAUUUGAGGUUUGAAUUGAAAUUUUUUUCAAGAAAAAAAUUUUUAAAAAAAGUUGGAAAAAAAGAUCGAAAAUUCAUUGAAACUCGGGAGUAUAAGCCGAUUUAAAAAAAUAAUUUUGGAAAAAGCCGUUUUUUUCGAAAAAAAUGAAAGUACCCUAUAAAAUGAAUACCCAGACCUUUUUUUAAAAUUCGAGCUAAUUUUGGAUUUUCAGAUUAAAUAUCACAUUAAUGACUGGUCUUCUAAUUGCCGAAAACCCACAAAAUACGAGAUUUCUAUCGAUUCGACUCCUCACGUUCUUUGGCGACAUUUCCUACAGCCUUUACCUUGUCCAUUGGCCCAUUUUUGCCUAUAUAAAGCUGAUUCUGGGCUUGAAUAACAUCAGUGAGAAGAUUUUCACUUGAAAAAUCAACUAGUUAAUUUUUCAGAUUUAUUCUGUGGGAUUGUUUUGAGCAUCGCUCUGGCUACAGUGAUCACUUACACUUUUGAGAGGUUCUUAUUGUUUUUUCUCUUUUUUUUGAGAGUUUAUGUGUCUGAAAUUGAUCAAGAAGCACUGUAACACUGUAUAAGCUAGAAAAAUCUCAGUUUCAAUGACUGAAAAUCCGAAAAACUCGAAAAAAAAGCGUCGAAACUCGAAAAUUGUAUACUUUAUUGACUUUUUCGUCGUUUUUUGAAGGCUAUGAUCCGCAAUUUAGAAAUAAAAAGCUCUUUGAAAUAACUGAAUUUAGGAAAAUAGUAGUUAAAAUGGUGCAGAACUUGAAAAAAAAAUAAUUGAGAAUUUUUCUUCAAUUUUUUUUUCAAUCAAUUUUUUACCUCUGAAAGUUUUUCAAAAAUACUUUUUUUCAGAUGGUCCCUACAAUCCUCACCUCGUAUUUUAUUCAUGACCAUCGUCUUUCUAUACAUUGCGAACAUUGGUCUCUACCAAACUAUGAAAGUUAACGAGAACUUGCAAAAAGAAAGUUAUAUCAACACGUUGAAGCACUUGGACAGGAAGAACUUGACCCUUGGUUGGUUUUUUUUUCGAUUUUGAAAAAAAAAUUUCAUGAUAGAGUUGUGAAAAAUACAAAAAUUAAUGACGACAUUUUGUUGAAAAACUUUCGGAAGCUGGUAGAGUUCAUCCGCCUCGAGUUGACAGUUUUCGGGUGUCUGCGUCUUUCUGUUCUCUCAGCGGCGAGGUCAGAGCAACAUGGAAAUAGUACGUAGACAUGAGAGUGGCGUCGAGAGAUAAGGAGGGCGCAGAGAAGUCCCGCCCAAGUCGCGAAAAACGGACUAUAAAUUUCAAUAGCGUCAACCUUUUUAUUUCAAAUCUUUUCAAAAUAAUCGUUGUAGAAAUCGUAGGAGUAGACUUAUUGUACUUACGAACGCCAGAGUGGCCCCUAGAGAGGUUAGGGAAAAAACAGUCGCUAUGGGAAUCAAAAUAGUCUUCCUCGCCACUAACAAAAUCCCCUAGAGGGUCCACUUUUGCAAGCCCUCUAGGGGUCCUUUUUCAAACGCUCUUGGGGCCCUUUCUCAAGCCUCCUUGGAACCACGUUUUGCAAUCUUCAGUGCCUUCUAUAGGAAGAGGUGAAGUGGUCCCUAGAGGGAACUUUUAAGGGCCCUGAAGUUGCCCCUAUAGGGACCACUCUCACCCUCCUGAUUUGCCUAGAUGGAAUAUUUUCUUCAUUUUUCUUUUACCCAAUAGAGUUUUGAACUUAUUCAUUUGAUUCUGGAGAUAAAGUAGCAUGAAAUAUUUUCAGAUCAAGUGAUAGCUCUCAACAAUUGGUACGAGAACAAUGACGACGAUGUGAUGAUGAUUCCGGAAUGUGAGUACGAUACUCGAGGACCUUUUGAUUGGUGUCGUUUCAAGGUAAGAAAAAAAACUCGGAGUUUCGACUGAAAAAGGCAUUUUUUUAUUCAGAACCUUUCUAAAACUGCGAGUCAGACAAUCAUGAUUAUGGGCAACAGUUGGGCGGCCAACAACGGAAAACUGAUCUACGACGAGUGCCGGGAUAAAGCCAGAAAUAUGUCACUUUACAGUUCUUACGGCGAGUUCUUCCAUUAAUGACUUGAAAAUGACGUAAAAUAUUAGCGUUUUUGUGGUGACGUCAUCAAAAAAAAAAUCAAUAUAAUCAAUGUUUCUUAACCUAUGAUUUUUGUCACUUUUUUCUUUUUUCCGUGGGUACUUUUCUCUAAAAAAUGACGUCACUAUUUUUUAAUAUUUUCUAAAAGUUUUUGGUCAUUAUUUCGCAGAAAUGACGUCAUUAUAUUUUUUUCAUUGAGACACAGUGACGUCAUUUCAAACAUUUUUGGGUUCUUUAUAGUAUUUUCUAAAAAGGUCAUAUUUUUUUUAAUGACGUCAUUUUCUUUCUCUUAAGAUGAAGUAACGUCAUUUCAAGCAUAUUUGGGUUUUCAAUCAUUUUUUUCAAGAGAAGUCUUAUUUUUGUAAAACUGACGUCAUUAUCUUUUUUUUGUUUUUUUUAAUCGUUUUGGUUCUGUUUUUGUAAAAAUGACGUCAUUUCAAAGUUUUCUAGGUUUUCAAUCAUUUAUCAUUUUUUCAAAGGUCUUAUUUUUGCAAUAAUGACGUCAUUAUCUUUUUAUUGAGAUGACGUCAUUUCGAAAAGGUAUUUCGUAUUUUCUAUCAUUUUUUUCCAGGUUGCGAACCAACCUAUCCAACCCACAAUCAGGAACGUUGCAAGGAAAGCUUCACGACUUUUGUCAACAAUUUGAAAAGUAUUAAGCCGGAUAUUCUUUUCAUCAUUUAUAGGUAUGGUGUUUUAUAAUUUUUUUCAAUGAGAUUUUGCGCUUUUUUUCCUGUUUUAAAAAAGGUCAGAAAGCUACUAUAAAAAUACAAAAUUGAAGAAAAAGUUCAAUUUUUGAAUAUUUUACCUUUUUAGGCCAAUCUCCUUAAUGGAGCCGUUCAAGACCCACAUCGUUACGGACGACGAAAUCUACAAAGUUGCGAAAGAUCAACUUUUGAAAUAUCGGGAGCUGGUGAAGAAGAAGAUUUUCCUUCUCGAUUCGAUCCCUCGAAGCGAUCGUUAUAUCGUCAAGAUGAUCAACAAGGCCUUGAGAGAGAAUAUUCCGAUUCAUCAGGUAAACAGGUGGUAUCCAGAAGAGACUGCAGAGAAAAAGAGAUCGUCUCAUUUCUCUGACGUCUCUCCAAAGCCGUCGUUUAUCUCACUUCAGCUCACUCUUCUUUCCUCUGCGUUUUUAUUGAUUUCAUAGUUUGAAGAGACGCUAGAGAAAAUGAUGUUUUCUCUUUCUCUGACGUCUCUUCAGGCCGUCACUGUUCUCUCAUAUCUCAACUUUUUCAUCCAAACGGUUCAUCCUUCUAGGACGCUUUUAUUGAUUAUUAAAUAUUCUCUCUUAUUCGGAAACACCUAUUUUUCUCUAAAAAAGUCUCCUCCAGAAACUUUACCAUUUGAGUGAUUUUUGAUCCAUAUUGAAACUUUCAGGACUUUAAAAUUUCUGAAGCUCCCUCAAAAUUUAAAAGACUCCCGUUUUUUUGCAGAGGUUUUUCGAUGAAUCUUUUGGCUUUUCACAAUCUUUUGGGGGUUUCUUGAACUUUUUGAAGCUUGCUGACAGUUUUUGAAUACGUCACCCAUUUCUAGCUUUUCUCGAGAUUAGAAGAAAAAACGGAAUUGAAAUUUUUCAAACCGAUGAAAAAUCGUUUUCUGUGCAAGGAUCAGUUUCCUUUCAGGAACUUCUGACGGAUCCGGUCUCCGUAGCUGGGAAUAUCGCGGCUCGGAUGAGGACGGCCCAACUUUUGCAAGACUGCGGUCCCAAGUGCGAGAGGAUCGAUUUGGAGCCGGUAUUUAGGGACGAAAACGGGACGGGUGUUUUUCGGAUGGCCGAUGAUAAGGGAUUGGUGUAUUUUUCGGCCUCUCAUCAUUUGUCUCUGCAUGGUUUUGAGGUGGUGAGGCCUGUUUAUAGGGAUAUUUGCUCGAAAUUGUGA